AUGGCAUCUCUAUCGCUCAGGCAGUUUCUCGAGUACAUUCGAGCCUUCAAUGCCAAAGACUACCAGAAACAACACUCCUUCUACCACCCAGAUGUCCGUCUUGUCCUUCCCGACCCGGAGGUGGGAACCCUCGUAGGGUCCGAAGGCAUCAUGAAUCACUAUGCUGUACUUCAUGCCACCGCGGAGGAGACCGUCGUCCCUAUACUGGUCAUGGUUGACCAAGGGCGCAUUUUCUUCGUGAUGGAGACAUAUUUUCGCUACUGCCAGGCCACAGACCGCGCUGUCCACGGGUACAACGCACAAGCCGGAGAUGUGAUCAAGGUCACCGUGUGGGCACUGUACGACAUGGACGGUGGAAAAAUGAAGCACAUUACUUGCAACGGGCUCCACCAUGAAUUCCUUGGCACGGCGGAUGUGAAUCUACCGAUCAACGAGAGCUGGAGUCGAGCAGACAGUACGGUCAAGCGUUGCUGGGGCUCUGCUUCGCUGCUCUAG